AUGGAACUUUUAAGCUUUAUGUAUAGUGGAAAGUUGACAACAACUCAGCCGGGUCUUUUGCUCAACAUCUUGAUGGCUGCAGACAAAUUUGAGGUUGUUUCUUGCAUAAGGCAUUGCACUCAGUUGCUCAAAAGUUUGCCUAUGACCAAAGAAUCUGCAGUGCUCUAUCUGGACCAUCCAUUCUCCAUUUCAUUGGUUGCGGAAGUUCAGCAUUUGAUAGAUGCAGCCAAGCAAUUCCUUGUCAACAAAUACAAGGAUUUGACUGAGCUCCCUGAUGAACUGAUGGAAAUGCCUCUUGCUGUGAUCGAGACCAUCUUCUCGAGUACUGAGCUACAGAUAACAUAUGAAGAUACCAUAUAUGACUUCUUGCUCGAGUGGGCCUGCAAGCAUUACCAGGAAUCGGAGGCAAGGAACAUGAUAUGGAAUUCUCGGUUACUUCCGCUGGUCCGCUUCUGUCAUAUGAGCUGCACGGGACUACAUGAUAUUUUAACGUGCACUCAUAAUGAUAGAGAUCUUGAGCAAACAACUAAGCGUAUUACCGAUGUGCUUCUACACAAAGCAUAUCCGGCACACACGCAAGCUUCUCUUGCAGCUGACGCAGCAACCUCUUGGCAAGUUCCACAGCGAGCCUACAUGUGCAAACCUCUCAAAAUGGUUGAGUUUGAUCGACCCUGCCCACAAGUUAUUGCGUACAUGGAUCUAACACGCGAGGAGUGCUCCCGGCUCUUCCCGUCAAAAGAUAUAUGUUCACACCUCUUCCGGCUUGGGGGGCGGGACUUUUAUCUCGCGGCAAGCUGUGAAAUGGAUGAGCAGAGUACGUUGUACAGCUUUGGCUUUUGGAUAGCAGUCGAUAGUAUGAAGGGCUCAACAUGUCUGACGGUACGUUAUGAGUUUGCUACAAGAACAGGAUCGUCAGGAAAAUUUGUGUGCAAGCGGAAGGCAAAUGUUGACAUCACUGAUAAUUGCAUGUAUGGAUGCGAAGAUCUUUUUGAUGUUUCAUGGUCGAGGUUCAUUGCCAACGACAAUCUCUUCAUCAAUGACGUUCUGCACCUGAGAGCUGAUUUGACUUUGCCGGAGCAGCCUGAAUUACAGACCUCAUGAUGUGUCACUCAGCAAGUUAGAUCGUGCGUGUAGUAUUGUCCCCUUUGACUCGAUUUCAUUUCUAAUCUGGGACUUUGUUGGUUGGAUAGGCGG